UUAGAUUUUAUAGACAACAAUCCUGAUGAUAAACAUUUCGCAUAUGAAACAAUAUUGCAAGGCAACAUUUCACCAUUUGUUGACUGGUUUUUAAAUUAUCACAAAUCCAAAUUCUUUGGAGAAUUUAGAGAUUAUAACAAGCUUGCAUUUCAGACUGCAAUAGAAUUUCUACUUCCAACCAAUCACACUGAUCUGAA